GUGGACCGAACCAUUCUUGGAUUUGGGGGGUACCCCGGGGGCGACUUGGGGCUGUGGGUGGGGGGGCAGAAGCAGGGUCCCCAGCAGGUGGGGAGGGGGAGGUGCCUCCAAGCCGGCGCGAGGCAAAUGCGAGGACUGGCCCUAUCACAUCUGCGCUGAAAAGAACUGACGGCAGGGUCGCCCAGCAAGCUGCCGGCCGCCCCCCACCAGCGCGCGCACGCCCAGCCCAGCCGGCUGCAGACACGCGCUCGGCUCUGCCUCCCCCGGCCGGCCCACCACUCCGCCGCCACCCCAGAAUCCCCAAGGGUCCCGCAUCCGGAAAGUGAGACCACCCACCUCCAUAUUUCCCCACCUCUGCACAUUCCUCUCCCGCCCUGUUCUCCAGCCUCAGUUCUCCGCUCAGCCUGGCGGCCCCGUCGAACCUCCUCAAGGCACCAUGCCGGCCCUCCAGCUCCUUGGGACCCUCCUACUCCUGGCCUCGACCACUGGCCAGACCGAGGCACGCCCGUCCAACGCCACAAGCGCUGAGCCCCCGGGCCCGCUGCCCGCUCUGCUGGCGCACCUGCGGCGCUUGACCGGGGCCCUGACGGGCGGCGGAGGUACCGCGGGUGCGGGCACCAACAGCACGAGGACCAGCCCCGCGAGCGGGACGGGCGCGGCCGCAAGGGCGCCCCCUCCGGCGGAGCUCUGCCACGGCUACUACGACGUCAUGGGCCAGUACGAUGCCACCUUCAAUUGCAGCACCGGCUCCUACCGCUUCUGCUGCGGCACCUGCCACUACCGCUUCUGCUGCGAGCACCGUCACAUGCGCCUAGCGCAGGCCUCCUGCUCCAACUACGACACGCCACGCUGGGCCACCACGCCACCGCCACUGGCCGGGGGCGCUGGGGGCGUCGGGGGUGCAGGCGGGGGCCUCGGGCCAGGCCAGGCUGGGUGGCUGGAAGGGGGCCGGGCAGGGGGUGCUGGAGUACGUGGGGGCGAGGGCCCCGGGGGCAGCACGGCCUACGUAGUGUGCGGGGUCAUCAGCUUCGCCCUGGCCGUAGGCGUCGGCGCCAAAGUGGCCUUCAGCAAGGCGUCCCGUGCGCCCAGGGCACACCGGGAGAUCAACGUGCCCAGGGCUCUGGUGGACAUUCUGAGGCAUCAGGCUGGACCUGGGACCCGCCCAGACAGGGCACGAAGCAGCUCCUUGACCCCAGGGGUUGGAGUUCCCGACAGCAUGGCGCCAAGAACACCCAAGAGCCUCUACAAUACCAUGAAGCCCUCCAAUCUUGAUAACCUGCACCACAACUACCUGCACCUCAACGUCAACAGCCCCAAGCAUCACACCACUACACUGGACUGGAGGGCCGCCCCACCACCCAGCCCCUCGUUGCAUUACUCCACACUCUCCUGCUCUCGGUCCUUCCACAACCUCUCUCAUCUGCCUCCGUCCUACGAGGCUGCUAUGAAAUCUGAACUCAACCGCUACUCCUCCCUCAAGAGGCUGGCCGAGAAGGACCUGGACGAGGCCUACCUGAAGCGCUGGCACCUGGGGGAGAUGCCCCGCGGGACGCUGCCCCUGCACACGCUGCAGCGACCUGGCACCGGGGGCGGCUACCGCAUGGAUGGCUGGGGAGGUCACGAGGAGCUGGGCCUGGCGCCCGCACCCAAUCCGCGCCGGGUCAUGUCACAGGAGCACCUGCUGGGCGAUGGGGGCCGGUCGCGCUACGAGUUCACGCUGCCGCGCGCGCGCCUGGUAUCACAGGAGCACCUGCUCCUGUCGUCACCCGAGGCCCUGCGCCAGAGCCGCGAGCACCUGCUGUCGCCCCCGCGCAGCCCCGCGCUGCCUCCGGAGCCCUCCUCCCGCGCCGGCCUGGCUGCCUCCCACUCCAACCUACUGCUGGGGCCCGGAGGACCCCCCACACCUCUGCACGGGCUGCCCCCGACGCCCAGCCUGCACGCGCACCACCACCACGGCAUGCACAGCUCUCCACAGCCCGCCUGGAUGGCAGACGCCGGCGGGGGCGGGGGCACGCUGGCCCGCAGGCCGCCCUUCCAGCGCCAGGGCACGCUGGAGCAGCUGCAGUUCAUCCCGGGCCAUCACCUGCCCCAACACCUGCGCACCGCCAGCAAGAACGAGGUGACUGUCUGAGGCCAGGCCGGGGCCUUAGGGGCUGCGGCCCCGCGGGGCCCCUGUCUCAGCCUGGAUCCCCCAACACACUGGAGGAGCCCGGGACCCAGAUGGACCUGGGGCCCGGAGGGUGCGGCUGCCUCUGAGGACACUGCUUUGAAUGAACUGUCGCCAGACACCAGGCCUUCUUCUAGAAUGUCACAGAUGACAUCCCUCCUCCUAUGUCCUCCUUUGAGGCCAGGCCUCCUUCCCAUGACGUCAUCACAGAGGGAGCGGUCUGCCUGUGAGGUCAUCACUAACAGCCUCCACACAGGAACCAAACCUUCCCCUGAGGUCAUCACUGAGGAGUGGGCCCACCCCUGAGGUUAUCGCUAGAGGCCACAGUCCAUGACAUCACCACAAAGACUUCCUUCUUGUGAUGUCAUAGCAAUGACAAUGCCUUGUCCCCCUGACAUUAUCCCUAGAGACAAAGCUUCCUGUGAUGUCAGUGCAGAGACAUGUCUCACCCUUAUGACAUCAUUCCUGGCACCAAAAGGCCCCCUUUGACAUCAUCAUCUCCAGGAAAACAUUGUCCUUCUGAGAAGACGCCUGUGUCUAUGAUGUCACCACUGCAGACAAAGCCAUCUUGUUGGGACACAGUGCAGGGGAAACACCGCCCCAAGUUGUCCUCACUGCACACAAGGCCUCCUUUCCAUGACAUCAUCACAGGGACUCUGUCUCCUUCCUGUGACACCAUUGCCAGAGAAGGUGCCUUGUCCUAUGACAUCAUCAGAGGGCCUGUGCCUCUCCCUGGGGGGUCACUUCCAAAAGCAGGAGCCCUUCUGUGAUGUCACCACCAGACUGUCUGCUCUGAGAUGACACCAGGAGACACCUCACUGCUGUUGCCCCAUCACAGGAAGGCAUGGCACACCCAGAGUCCAUGAAACAGUGCCCUGUCCUGAGAUGUCACCUGAGGGAUGUCACCACUGGGGAGGCCACCUCGUCUAGAAAGGUCUCCCCAGAGGUGACAAUGUGCCCAGAGGUUGUGGGCAGUGAGGACCCCACCCUCCUGUCUCAGGCUCUGCCCCAGUGCUGUGAUGUCCUCACCAGACACUCUGCCUGCUCUGGAGGGCCACCGCUUGUGAUGGCGUCACCAGUUUCUGCCUUGCCCUACCAUGACUUAGUGUGGUCACUCUUCCCCUGACACCAGGACGUGCCCUGCAGGGUCUCCACCAGACGCCGCCUGGAGAGGGAGGCUGGGCCUUGGGCCCCACCCCUGUGCGGGGCUGUCCCCACCUGUGCACUUCCUGGAGGACAGCACUCCCAGAUUGGCCCUCCUGACUCACAGAGCCCUGAGACUCAGAGGUGUCCCAAAGGCCGGUGCCAAGUCUCUCUGCCAUAACUAGAGACAUUAUCACCUCUGUCAGCCCAGCUCUGGCCUCCUGCUGGCGUCGGGGAGGCUGGGCAUGCCUGCUGUCGGUCUUGCUGAUGGCCUCCUCAGCACCACAAGACUUCCACCACUCACGAUGGCAGCGAGUCUGGGGCCAAAUGCUCACCACGCCUGAUGAUGACAUCAUGUCCCAAUACUCCCUAGGACCUAUGGGAUCUUCCUAUUCCAGGACGCACGCACCACAACUAUGCCAUCAUCCUCUUCCAGGAUUCACCAUGACCACACAGGGGCACCAUCUCCCCGGGAUCCCCACAGUCAAUGGUGUCACCGUCUUCCAUGAUUCUCCACAACCAUGGUGUCACCAUCCCCUAGGAUUCACCAGGGCUGAUGGUGUCAUCAUCUCCAAGAAUUCACCAUGACCAACGACAUCAUUACCUUCCAGAACCCACUGUGGCUGGUAACACCCUCCACCAAUGAUGACGCCACCAUUUCCCAUAGUCCCUCAUGCCUAUGGUGCCACCAACUUGCAGGAUCGCCUUCAGACAUGUCUUUGUGCCCAGGAUCCACCCUAGCCAUUCUGUCAUCGCCUCCCAGGAUACACUGCAGACAUGGUGUCACCCCUCCCCCAGCACCCAUGACAGAAUGGUGCCCCAGGAUCAAUGACACCCAGUAGUGUCACCACCUCCCAGGACCCAUUUCAACCAUGCGGCCAUCAUCUGCCGGAUCCACCACAACCAUUACCAUCACCUCCCAGGAUCCGGGACAGCCAGUGGUGUCACCACCACUUCCAGGACCCACUUCAACCAUGUUCCUCUCCCAGGACCCAUCAUCUCGAGAGCCAUGCACCACAACAGCUGUAUUCCAACUGUCUUCUGGGGUCCUGUGGCACCCACAGUUGUUCUCUUAAGGGAACCCAGCACAAUACACACCAUUUUCCCAUUGCCUCAAAAAUGGAGAAGGGGCCCCCUCUGAUGACACUAUCCCCACUCCGGCCCUUCUUGAUGAUGUCACUGCCUCACUCCAAACUUAGGCUGAUGCCUGUAUCAAGCCCACCACAGACUUGGCCUUGGCCAGCCCCCUUACGACCACCCUGGUGAGCGCAUCCAAGCCCCUCCUGAUAACUCAUUACCCUUUAUCCAACUAUCUGAUGGGUGACAGGGUCAACGUGAAGACCUGUUAUCAUCACCGGGGUGGGGGUUUCCAGUCCUCAGGUGAGGUCAUGGCCCCUUGCCCAAUCCCUCUUACCUGG